AUGUGGUCGCAGAAACGCUGUUACCUUGUCUUUAUAGCUAUAUGUAAUACUAGUGGGAAACUUCCUACCAAUACCUUCAACUAUCAACUCAUCGACCUUUUGAAUUUGCCAUCUGGAUGUAUAGGGAAAUAUUACGUUCCCAUCGACAGCACCUCCCCUAUGAUAAGCGUGGAGGUGAGCGCAGCUGGCAAAGCGUUUGUUAAUUUAACGGAUUCAAACGGGAAAGUUUGGCCAAGCGAGGGCAUCGUCAAUGACGGUUACACGCUAACGAGAUACAUCAACUUACCGGCUGGGCCGUACCAACUUACGAUCGACAACGGUGGCGUGCCAACCAGCAAUUGUCUCGUUGAAAUUACGUCUUACACAGCUCUGUCAAUAGUACAAGCAUUUUCGUCAUCUCCGCAGAGCGAUGAAGCACCAUUCUACGAGUCAGCCAUAGACGGAGUGCCCAUGUACUUCAUUAGUCAUGUCAAUAAUAUGACAGCACCUGGAGACGUGAGAGCAGUGACAAUUCGAACGCAGGCUACACUAACACCCACCUACAGAUCGCUUCUAACCAAGCGUUAUGGGUGUUCUUUCGAAUAUUAUGCUGGGCAGUUCAUUUGCGACAAAUCCAAUCGUUACGUGUAUCAUAUAGAUGGAGUUGAUUCCCUGGGAUACGCUUUCAGAAGGACCGGAACUUUUUCCUGCAUGCAGCAAAUCACUACCGCUGCACCAUCCACUACACCCAGGACACAGAUCUACUGCGUAAAUGGAGGUACUCCUUUGCGCCAAGGCACAGUCAAUGCCUCAUGCUUUUGUCCGGAAUUGUUCACUGGAGAAACAUGUGAACAGGUGAACUGUAUGAAUGGAGGAACCCCACUGCAAGGAAAUCUGCAGUGCCAGUGUCCUCCUGGAUUUGAGGGCACCAACUGCGAGUCAGUAACCUGCAAAAUCAACCUGGGUCCAAUGAUGACAGACUACAAAUCGCUGGUGGUAGUGCUUCGCACUACAACAUCGAUGAGUGGCUAUGUGUCACAGAUUGUCAACGCUAUCACAGAUGAAAUAGGACAGCAUAGCGGGUUCAACUACGAUGUCUACAACAACUACAUCUUAGUACAGUUCGCCAACGGAAAGUACCAGACAACGUUCUACACUAGAGACUACAUCCAACGGUUUAUUGACGACAUAAUGGCGGCUAUCUACACUACAAAUGUGGGUGGCUGUGAAGAGCAAACAUUUAAUGCGAUCUCCAGCGUUUUUGUGCAGAAUGUAAACCCGAAAUCUGCUAUCUACGUAUUUACUGACGCUGUCGCUUCUGAUGUUGAUCAGUGGCGCACAGUCACCGAAACAAACACAAGAAGGAAAUUGCCGAUUUAUACAAUGUUCUUGCCAAAUGCCAACUGUACAGUUAACCAGUAUUCGGAAGGAUAUCGAGCACUUCAACGCGCUUCAGAAUUCAGCGGUGGCCUCACGCAGCAGCCAAACUUGACUUCUUUGGAAAAGAUCUUCCAAUAUACCAUGAAAGCCACAUCAUACAAGAUGAAUUCUGUUUUAACCGAUGACAUGAAUCAAUGUGACACCAAAGGCUUCCGAAUCUUUUUCAUCGAUUCCUCAGCCGAUUCCGUCAUAAUCUUCGCUGUUGGACAAGAUUUGAUCUUAUCCGUCACUGAUCCAAACUGGAACAAGUCCGCUGCUUUACUUGUGUACAAUUCGGGAACAUCAUAUUUUUGGGAAGUUCCUAAUGUCAUACCAGGAGAGCAUCUGUUGUCAAUCACUUCACAAAAUCCUCAAACUUCUUGCUCUUAUCGAGUUAUGUCGCAUUCUGAUUACGACCUAUUCUUCGGCACCGCCAACGUCAUCGAUGAGGACGCAAGCGACAGUGAACCAGUCGUUGGGAAAGCCAAGCAUAUCGUUGCCCAGCUGAAUGGUCUCUAUAACGCCGUACAGGACCGCUUCCGUCUUUUUGCUGAAAUUACUAUCACUACCAAUAUCAAUAGGGAUAAUCAAGAACGCAAACCAAUGUACUUUUCAAGUGGUAAGUAUCGUGAUGGGUGCGGAUAUCAUCUCUACUUCGGUCUUGCCAGCUUUUGCGAGUUUGCCGACCAGCAAUUUUAUGCUACGGUCUAUGCUGAUGACAAUAAUGGCUACACCAUUCAACGUACAACUACCGGAUACUGUUCAAUGACCGAAACCACACCAGCACCACCUUCAGCGUGUCAGAAUGGAGGAGUACCAGAUCCGACAAACAACAGCUCAUGCAUAUGCCCACCCAGCUAUUCUGGAGCCCACUGCGAAAGUGCAAUCUGUCAAAAUGGUGGAACAAGCUAUGGUACGUUCUGCGAAUGUGUUCCUGGAACAGGAGGAACUUUCUGUGAAUUACACGCCUGUACGGAAACCAAUAGUAAACCACAUGUUUCAUUCGAUGGUCAGUCGAUGUCCUUGGUACUUUCCGUUCGCGAUACCAUGCAGGCUACUCUCAAUUCCAUCUCUGAUGGAAUUACGGACUUUGUACGAGAUGUACAAGACUCAUCUUCAAACUGGAUCAGGACAUGGAACCUCGUAGUCGUCAACAGCCUAAAUGCAACUAUGGUCUACACAGGUUCAAAUCCGAACGAUUUUGUUAAGACCGUACAGAUGGUUGCAAACAAUCUCAACACCUAUUCUUCUCCAAAUCCUGUGAACUGUUCCGUGGCCAUCGAAGCUGGUCUUUUAUUGGCUACAUAUGCCUCCCAGCCUCGAUCUGCUGUCUAUCUUUUCGCUGAUUCCGACGGUGGCAACGAUGACACGUUUGUCACUCUCUUCUCUACCGCUACUGAAUAUCAGAUAACACUGAAUCUCAUCGGUGUGGGUAACACGAUUUGCACGGCUCCAGAAAACAAUGGACAGUUCCCAUUGUACUUGCAAAGCCUGUCUGCGAUGACAUCUGGUUUUGUAUAUAUGACAACAAAACCUGCGUUGAUGCUGCCGUUCAUCUCAUCCUUAUACAAGUCCGGUAUAGCUUCCAGUGCCUACUUUGACGACUGUAGCAAUGCAACUUAUUAUGUUCCCAUUGACUCAUCCACAGCAGCGUUCACAUUGGCUGUAAGCGCCUCAAACAUCAGCUCUGUCACUAUAACCUUACCCGAUGGAUCGGCAGGCUUGAACAGCAUCCUUUCGGUUCCUUUAAUUUCUGAUCCAGAGUUGAACAUUCAGCAGUUCAUUCAAGCAUGUGAUGGAUAUCAAUGGAACUACAGAGAGCAGUAUUGUUAUCGGUUCAAUUUCAACAAGCUAACGUUUGUGAGAGCGAACCAGUUUUGCCAUAGCAUUGGUGGAUAUAUGGUUGAUAUUCACAGCCAGCAGAAGGACGAUUAUAUCAGAAGUCAAACCAAUGGUGCCAAGUCGUGGAUCGGAUUGAUUAGAAACAACAAAGAUUGGGUAUGGGACGUCCCAGACGGAAACAGUUUCCAAAGCAUUGGUAAUUUCACCAACUGGGCUCCUGGGGUAGAUCCAAACAACACCGCAUAUUCGUGUGUCGCUUUGGACCAGAAUGGACAAUGGGUUCCGACAGACUGCAACGAAGAAAACUACGCAGUUUGCCAAAGACAUCGAUUUGGUCAAGGUUUCACUCCUGGAAACAAUACAAGUACUGUACCAGCCGGCCUAUGGAAGGUACAAAUUCAGGGUCAAGGCUCCUGUGGCGCACAAGUUCGAGCUCAAUCUGAUAUUCAGGUGUUCUUCGGCUUUACUGUCGACCCUAACGGAGACUACCCGGAGCUGUACGCCAAUUCUCUCUCACAAAACAAUUACUUGGUAGCGGAUGCUGUUGGUUUGUCCCCAUUCCACUAUGAUGUAUUGCCAUCAUUGGAAGGACGACUCAAUUAUGCCAUUCUCGGAUACAAUUACAACAUGACAACUCCUCUUAUUAUGGCAGAUAGAUGGCAAUGCGGUUAUCCUCAAGUGUCAAACGCGUUCAAAUGUCCGCAACAAGGCUCAUUUACAGAUUUCUUCAUCAAAUUUUCUGGGAUCGACCAGUAUGGCUAUGCAUUCGAGAGAUUUACCAAUGCCAUUUGCGCAAAACCAACCCUGAACUGUAAAAAUGGUUUCCCUACCAAUGAGAAAUGUGUUUGCUAUCCGGGAUAUACUGGAGCAGACUGUGGAAUUCCAAUUUGUCAAAACUACGGUUAUGUGGAUGGAACAAAGUGCGAAUGUCUCCCUGCUUAUACGGGUACCUUCUGCGAACAAGCACUUUGCCUUCCACCUUAUCCAACAACCUUCUCUGAUAUCGAUCGCACAUUCGUCAUUAUGCUCGAAACGUCUUACAACAUGGGCGCAACAAUAUUCCAAAUGAAAAGAAGCUUGAAAGCUGCAUUUGAAAAAAUCAAUACUGACCCCACAACGAAGGGAUGGUUCUCAAAAUUCAUUCUCUACCCAUUUGAUUCCGAAUCAAACAAGAUCUACUGGUAUCCUCCUGUUAUAUCGACAAAUUCGGAUGAUAUUGUAGCUGCUGUAAAUAAUAUCACAACAACGGCUUGUCCAGGACCGAAUGGAUGUUCACCAAACUGCCCCCGUCCGAUUAUGGCAACCCUCAAAGAAGUGCUUAACAUGACAGAACUGGCCAAACCCAACUCUGUCAUCCUUGUCGUGACUCGCUCCACUCCUGAGGACUACAAUCUUGUCAAUGGCAUGAUCCAACAAUUGAUGGAGAGCAGAGCACAGAUCAACUUCGUGCUUACGGGAACGUCUUCGCCAUGCGGUGAAGGCUGGAAUACUCCAGCAUCAAAUUCUUUAUACACGGCCACCAGUUACAGUGAUGGAGAUGUCUUUGUUAUGUCGCCCACAGACUUUACAAUGAACUUUUUGCAACAGUACGUACCUUCAUUAUACAGAUCAGGAGGUCUGGAUGUUGGAGGCACUCCAAACUGCAACUAUGACGAGUUUCUGUUCCAAGUUGAGCACGGUAUGUACGAAUUCACUCUUAGCUACUAUCAUCCAGUUGUGAAUCCACCAGUAGCUGUGACCUUGACAGAUCCAGCAGGUGACAGCAUUUCUCUCCCACCCAAUCUCAUCUCCAGUGACACCAACUAUUUGGGAGUCUUGCGGGUAAACGAUAGUGGUGCAGUUCGAGCUGGUACAUACUGUAUGACUAUGUCUGGAGCUGGUGGACAGUACUGUCAGCUGAACAUCAGAGGACGCUCUUCAAUUGAGAUUUAUCCAGCCUAUGUUCGCACAUCAGAUGAUGCCUGGGGUGGUGCUACUAAUGACAAGGCUCAUUUUGCGCCUGUCAUGGACGAAAACAAUACGAUCGUUGUCCAUGCUGAUGGACUUGGCGACGGUAUACUUACGUAUGUGCAAGUUGCCAAUGCAGGAGUGGGACUACAGUACACUUCCACUUUGAUGAGAAGAAGCAACAGUUGCAGUUACGAAUACUAUGCACCAGUACCAUUUGUGUGCACUUAUGAGCAAAAUAUCGUCAUGAUCUACGGUCGUGAUUCGAUGGGUGCUACUAUUCGACGAAAUUAUAUCACCAACUGUGUUCCAUUUCGUCCCGAUCUACCACCCCCUGUACCAACUUGCGACCUGGGCGCAGUCAUGCAAGACACGCUCUUCAUCAUCGAUGCAUCUUACCAGAAUGCUAAUUCUGAAGACAACUUCAAAAGUUUACGAGAUUUUGCCAUUCACUCUCAGCUACCGUACAGAUUCGCAAACGAUACCGCCCAGGUCGCGGCCAUGACAUUGGCGGACACGCCUAAAGGCGGAUUCUCGUUUAACGCUCCAGAGCAUAGCUUCGACAACGUUCAAAUGCUGCUCUCCAACUUGACCUUCUUAAACAAGGCAGGUCAAAACCUGUCGAGCGCUAUGGAUCUAGCUGUAACGAACUACAGCACUCCGAACCAAGGUUACCGUACAGCGGCUAAACAUAUACUUAUAUACGUCACUAGCACAAACCCUACCGACGAUGAUCCGGCAAGCAGGAUCUACGCAAUUAGGCGGCAGGGAACCUACCAAAUAGCAAUAGUGACUGUGGGGCUUACACCAUCGCAAAAGCUGCUCUCAUCUGUAUCAAAAGACUGCAUGUAUCAAGCCAAGAACGUGGAUGAUCUCAUGACGAAUGGAAUGAACUUUGUGCAAGGAUUGUCAUGCGCAAUCAUUCCUCGAUGUUGA